UUGGGGCUAUUGAUAGGGAAAGCCUUGAACCCAAACCUAUUGAGCCGGAGAGUUUACGUGCUCGACUAUUUCCACAACAUAAGAAGGGGGUGACUGGAGACGACCUUGAAUUACUUAUUAGUACCAAAGAGGAUAUGGUUUCAGAGGAUGCCCUGAAACUGAUUUACAUUGCUGUGGUCGACAUGUUUUUGUUGGGCCAGGAUGAGCGUGGGCAUGUGGAUGAUUUCUUGUGGACUAUGGCCGAGGAUUUACAAGCAUUUGAGAUGUUCCCUUGGGGUACAUAUGUCUACAGUAAGAGUCAACAUUACAUCCGGUUGGCCACGAAAGAAAGAAAAUUGACUGGUGAAGGUGGGAAGAAAAUUAACCUUUAUGGUUUUGUAUGGGCGUUUCAGUGGUGGUUGAUCGAAACGUUCCCAUGGAUUCAGAAUAAAUGGGCCGUCAGACUGUCCGAAGCAGACAUUCCAAGAUGCAGAAAAUGGCUAUCUAAAAAAAGGCCACAGAUAAAAAAUUACGACGACUGUCUUAGGAAAGAAGCACGAGGAUCGAGUCCGACUCUUGAACCCACUGAUGAUGAGAGGGAAACGAAUUUUUGGAGAUCUUUUAACCCUCAACACUCGGUUGGGGUCGACGUCUAUAAAUUUGGGGGCGGAGGGGGUGAAAAAGAGGAAGAGAAUGACGGGGAUGAGGACGAGGGCGGGGAUGAGGACGAGGCGGGUAUGAUACAUUUAGAUGAGGAGGGAAAGGAAAAGAAUGGGGAGGAGAAGGAUAAGGAGGAGACAAGAUUCCCUGAUAGUUCGCACCACGGACAAUACGAGACAGGGGAGGGAAAGGAGAAGAAGGAUAAUGAGGAGGCAAGGUUCCCUGACAGUUCACAUCACAGACAAUACGAGGCAGGGAUCACCGAGAUGCUGAAACAGACUCUAGAUAUGUUGCGGAGAAUAGAUGGGGAAAUGGGUCAGGUGAGGACACAAUUGUUGAGACUAGAGAGGGCGCAGGAAUCACUAGAGAGGGGGCAGGCAGCACUAUGUGCUCAUCUACGCAUCCCACAUAUUUCCCUAGAUCGCAGCGAUCAUGCUCAUGAGCAGUCCCAGGGUGGUGAUCAGGUAGAUCUUGAUCAUCACGAUGAGGAGCAGGCAUCUACAUUUAGAUUAGGUUUUGUUCAGCUACAGGAGGAGGAAGUGGUUAGGGUCGACAGACGACCUAUGCGAGAUAGAUUGCCAUCGCAAUUUCGUCGGCCACCCUUCACCGAUCCAACAAAAUAUAAAAGGAGAAAGAAGGAUGCCGCUUUGGAGGGGUCGGACGUGGACUCGACGCCACCGGUACUAGACCUAAUCCCGCCGGACAUAGAGACAGUGCCCCCUGAGGGCUAUAUUGAGUUCAUAGGUUCCAAUGAAAAUAUUAGUCUUCACACUGGUUUCAUUCUCAACCUAACACCGGAUGACCUCCGAAACAUAGAGAAUGAGGCCAACUGGUUGGAGGGUUACCAUAUUGAUAGUUACAUGUGUUGCUUGAGACGUAUACAGUCUCGGCGUCAAUAUGACACAAACUACGCUAUCAUGUCAACCUCGUUUUUUGCAUCCAUAGUAAGAUUUUGGGAACAGGAGUACGGGGGCAACAGGAGGUUUUUUGCGCCUUCUAUCGCAUCUAUCCCGGAAGAGUGGACCGGUUUCGUCGACGGGCGCACUGACAGGAGUCUCCCUUGGUGGACGGUCGAUUAUGUGUUGCUCCCUUGUAAUGUAGCGAAUUCUCACUGGUUUCUCUUAAAGAUUUGCUUGAAAGAUAGGAGAAUUGUCAUAUAUGACUCCAAUGCCAUGAAUGAAGACAGUCGUAGGAGCAGGGUCGAAGCUAUACAACCACUUGUGAGCCUCUUACCCAUUCUACUAAAGAAAGCUGCAUAUUAUGAACAUGUAACCACAAUUGCGACGCUAGACAGAGAUUGGGAAGUAGAGAAUACUGAUCCUCAGAAGUUGCCUCAACAACCGGAUGGGGCCAGCUGCGGGUGCUACGUUAUCAAAUACGUCGAGGACAUACUGAGGCAUAAUGAGGAUCACUGGCAGAUGCACCCGAUUGUGGAUGUCCGUACCCUCCGGAGACAGAUUGGAAUAUUUUUGUAUAGACAUAGUACGAUAGUACGGUAG